AUGUCUAUUAUCGGAGAGCCCAUUGCCAUCAUUGGCACAAGUUGUCGCUUUCCUGGAAAUUCAGAUACGCCAUUAAAGCUUUGGGACCUCCUCCGCGAGCCCUGUGAUCUAUUAGAGCCGCUUCUAGAACGGUUUAACGGAGAGGGAUGGCAUCAUAGCAAUGGCAAGUAUCAUGGGCAUUGUAACGUCAAGCAGUCAUAUCAGCUAGCAGGGGAAGGGUCCAUCCGUCGAUUCGAUGCCCAGUUCUUUGGCGUAAACGCUGUCGAGGCUAACACUAUAGACCCCCAAAUGCGCCUCCUACUAGAAACUGUAUAUGAAGGCUUGGAAGCUGCCGGCCAGUCUAUUGAGAGGCUUCGGGGAUCGAAUACAGCAGUAUAUACAGGGAUGAUGACAAACAGCUAUAAAGCAGCUUUGGAUCGCGAUCUGGACAGCAUGGGAACCUAUCAAGUUAGUGGCACAAGCCGUUGUAUGCUAUCUAAUAGGCUAUCCUACUUCUUCGACUGGCAUGGUCCUUCGAUGACCAUUGACACUGCUUGUAGCUCCAGCCUUAUUGCUGUUCACCAAGCAGUCCAGCAACUUCGCAGCGGCCAAUCACCUGUGGCUAUUGUUGCUGGUUCGAAUCUCCUGCUUGACCCUUCGGAUUAUGUAUCUAUGAGCAAGCUGGAGAUGUUAUCCCCUGACAGCCGUUCCCGGAUGUGGGACAAGGACGCUAAUGGGUAUGCUCGGGGAGAAGGAGUGGCGGCCGUGGUCCUCAAAACGCUGAGUUCUGCUGAAGCUGAUGGAGACCACAUUGAGUGUAUCAUUCGAGAAACGGCUACUAACCAAGAUGGAAAGACUUCGGGGAUCACGAUGCCGAGCGCUAGAGCUCAAACACAACUCAUCCGCGAUUGCUAUGCUCGUGCUGGACUAGAUCCAGCCGACCCCUUGCAAAGACCCCAGUAUUUUGAGGCUCACGGUACCGGAACACCCGCAGGUGACCCUAUAGAGGCCGAAGCGAUCAAGACAGCUUUCUUUCCCAAUGAUGGCGUCGUACAGGGUAGCCCGGAUCCCCUUUUCGUCGGUGGUAUCAAAACUAUCAUUGGCCACUCCGAGAGUGUUGCCGGGCUGGCGGGACUGAUAAAAACUUCCUUAGCUUUGCAGUACUCCACAGUGCCCCCAAACUUACUGUUCUCUGUGAUAAACCCCAAGGUGGAACCUUUCUAUGGAAACUUACGAAUUCCUACCUCAGCUAUCCCUUGGCCGGAUGUUCAUGACGGAUCCCCUCGAAGGGCUAGUGUUAAUAGCUUUGGCUUCGGUGGCGCAAAUGCCCACGCAAUUCUCGAAAGCUAUAUGCCUAACAAGCCGUCAGUGUGCACUGAAAAUGCUUGUUUCAUCCCUUUUGUUUUCUCUGCUGCCUCGGAGGCUUCUCUUUCUCUGAAUAUGGUCUCUAUGCGCGAUUAUCUGCAAGCCAACGGAACCAACGUGAAUUUGCGAGACUUGGCUAUGACACUUCAUUCUCGACGGUCACGACUCCCUUUCGGAAGUUUUGUUGCUGCUAGCACCGUUCAAGAACUCAGUCAGGAAAUUGAUCAACUAUGCCAGGAAAAAGGUGAUAACACUAAACAACCUCACAGCAUACAACAUUCACCAAGGGUCCUUAGUAUAUUCACAGGUCAAGGGGCACAGUCGGUGCGUAUGGGAGCUGCCCUCAUCGAACAAUCCGAAUCAUGCCAACGGAUCAUUGACAACCUCGAAACCCGACUUGCUCAGCUUCCACGGGCAGAUCGCCCAUCCUGGUCACUCAAGCAAGAGCUACUGAGGGAUUCUAAUGAGAAAAUCAGCCAGGCUGCCUUAUCUCAACCAUUGUGCACAGCUUUGCAGAUAUUGCAGGUAGAUCUUCUGCGUGAGGCAGAGAUUGGCGCCGCUUACUCCGCAGGCAUGAUCUCGGCUGAAGAUGCCAUUUGCAUCGCUUACUAUCGAGGACUCCUUUCUGACCUAGCGAUAGGCCCUAAAGGACAACGAGGCGCGAUGCUAGCUAUCGGAACCUCAUUUGAGGACGCAAACGAAAUUUGCAGCGAAGAAGAGUUCCAAGGCAGGGUCUCCGUGGCGGCUGUUAACUCUUCGGCUAGCAUAAAGCUAAUUCUUGAAGACGAGGCAUACCAUUCCUCUCAUAUGGUUCCUUGCUCCAGCCUCUAUCUCCGUGCUCUUCGUGGUCUUGGCAUUCAGUCUCACAAACCAACAACACCCUGGUUUUCUAGCGUCAACGAAGGCAAGCUUAUGGUAGCUGAGGAGGCUACUGGCCUUACAGCUACGUAUUGGAACGAUAACAUGACGAGGCCAGUCAUAUCCCUGGGUCCAUUCGACCUGGUUGUUGAGAUUGGACCCCAUCCUGCCCUGAGAGGCCCGGCGCUUCAAAUUAUUCAAGAAUUAGGACAGAAUGCAGUGAAGUCUUUCGCCAACGCGCUAGGUUUUAUUUGGACUCACCUGGGUACCGUGGAUUUGCCAAGUUACGACAAGUACAUAACUGGCUGUAAUGGUUAUAAUCUCAAAGAGUACUGGCACGAGUCUAGAUAUAUGAAGGCAAUUCGCGCACGACCUGAACCAAGCACUGACCAAGAUAUGCGGUGGAGAAAUAUUCUUUGCCCCAAGGAGCUGCCCUGGUUAAAGGACCACGCGCUACAGCAGCAAGCAGUAUUCCCUGCUGCCGGGUACGUUGUUGCUGCGAUUGAGGCUGCCGCAGCAAUGGCAAGAGCAAGAGGCCUCUCAGUUUCUCUCAUUGAGAUUCUGCACCUUGAUAUUGGUAAUGCUUUGGCCUUUGAUUCCGAUGAUUCACGCAUCGAGACAAUCAACUCUUUGACAGAUAUUCGGCAGCAUGGCAAGAAAAUCGAGGCUCACUUCAAGUUCAACGCGGCACCAACUUUUCGGGGAACUGUGCCCGCUCUCCUUGCUCGGUGUCAUGUAAGAGUUACAUUAGGUCACAAAGACGAAGCUGUCCUUCCAGCUCGGGGCCCUCCUGAGUUUGGUUUAUCUAAAGUUGAUACGGAGGACUUUUACAGGUCGCUUUCGAGACUUGAGUACCAAUAUACAGGUCCAUUCCAUGCGCUGUCCCAACUCCAGAGGAAAUAUGGGUUUGCGACUGGAUACAUCACCAACGAGCAGUCACAGUUACUUAUUCACCCCGCCGUCCUAGAUGCUGCUUUCCAAUCAGUUCUCCUUGCGCACUGUGCACCCAACAGUGGUGGUAUCUGGUCUCUUCACGCCCCAAAGACAAUUCGAGCCAUUAGGGUGGAUACUCUUCUCUGCGCUGCUCACAUGGCAAAGAAUAUUCCCGUUGCAUUUGAUUGCGUGAAGCCAGCAGGAGUAUCGACUCUCGAGGGCGAUGUCGACUUGGUGGCCGACAUUGAUGGCUCCCAGCAUAUCAUGGUCCAGGUAGAGGCACUUAAUUGCGUGCCUUUCUCCCAACCAAGUGCAAAGGAAGACAAAGAGAUGUUCUCGAUGACAGUCUGGGACGUGGCGAAUCCCGAUGCGCAACGGAUUGCAUACGACGGCGAGCCAUCAAAAGAAGAAGUAGAGCUUGCUCUCUUGCUGGAGCGUAUGGCCGUCUUCUACCUGCGACGUCUAGACAGGGAAGUGCCGAAGGAGCAUCCAGCUAGGUCUGCAGGACCUUAUCAGCAUUAUUUCUCCUUUGCAACACAUAUUGUGUCCCGUGCUAAGGAAGGCAAGCUUUCUCACUGGUCCUCGCAGUGGGACCAUGACUCUCCAAAUAACCUGGCUACAGCAUAUGGGCCUUACAUAAACAAUGUCGAAGUCAAGUUGCUCAAAGCUAUCGGGGAUAACAUCAUUGACAUUGCCACGGGACGGACAUUAGCAAUCGAAUUAGGUAUGGAAGACGACAUGCUGUCACAAAUAUACCAGCAGGGCCUAGCUUUUGAAAAACAUGCCAAGUUCCUAGGCCGCCUAGUGAAGCAAAUUUCUCACAGGUAUCCGCGGAUGAAUAUCCUCGAGGUCGGCGCAGGUACGGGUACUGCGGCGAAGGAGAUCUUUCUCGAGAUUGGGCAGAAGUUCGCCUCAUACACAUACACCGACAUAUCUUCUGGCUUUUUCGAGUCUGCGCAGAGGAGGUUUGCCUCCCAACAAUACAAAAUGGUCUAUAAGGUACUAGAUAUCAGUAAAGACGCAAGGCAACAAGGAUAUAAAGAGCACUCAUAUGAUCUCAUAGUUGCCUUUGCAGUUCUUCACGCAACCCCUAAACUCCAGGAUACACUAAGAAAUAUUCGACAACUACUCAAGCCGGGUGGGUUCCUAGUUGUGCAUGAACUCCAACCUGAUAACAUUGCGAGAGGAGGUGCUCUUUUUGGAGCAUUUCCUGGCUGGUGGCUGGGUGCUGACGAAGGACAUUGGGACAAAUUGCUUCGUGCGACAGGGUUCUCAGUAACACCGGUGAGCGUGUUUGUUUCACAAGCUGUUGACAGUCGUGUUGGAUUUUUAAGAGAUCCUUUAUCCGCACCCAUACCACUUUUCAAGGACAAGAGCUCAGCGACGACGCAAGACCUCAUAUUACUAGGCGGAAGUAGCUCACUAGUAUCGAAGACCAUAAUUCAGCUCAAGUCCAAACUGGAUCAUCAAUGGGGACACAAUAUCAAGAUAGCUCAAUCCCUGGCCGACAUAACUUCUCUUGCUAUCACUUCUAACACGACCAUCUUGAGCCUUAAUACUAGCGACUGGGAAGCAUUGAAACUAUUGCUACAAGAAGCAGGUACAAUUCUGUGGGUAUCAUCGGGUCGUCGGGCAGAAAAUCCAUUUGCGAAUAUUAUGAUCCCAACGCUCGAUAUCCAGUCCUUCGACAUUGAGGGUAGCCAAUCAUUGGACGCGCCAACAACGAUGUGGCAGAGACAAGAAAGUCAAGGUAGCCUUCUUGUGACAAUCGAGCCAGAGCUGAUCCUUGAGCAAAAUGGGACACUCGUUAUCCCUCGAGUAGUCCCUAGCCAUGAGAUGAACAACAGAUACAACUCCUCACGGCGUUCCAUAUUCACUCCUAUGAGCUCUUAUGAGAAAAAUAAGAAUAUCGGAAUUAUGAAUUCUGACUGGCAGAAUAUCUGCUUGCACGAAGUCCCGGAGCCGGAGGGUGGGGAUGGGUCCAUCGCCCAGGUUACUCACUCAUUGUGCUCAGCUAUCCGCGCUUCUAAAUUCGGGUUCAUGCAUGUCAUCUUAGGGUACAACUGUUCCUCGGGUGACCAGGUAGUGGCUCUAACCAGUCAACAUACUCUAAAGGUUCCUCUCGGACUUUCAAUUCCAGUCGAGGUCACGGCUGGCAAAGAAGCUACUUUCCUGACCUUUCUUGCGUAUCACUUACUCGCAAGUCAGUUUUUCGAGGGCCUGCCUAAAGGAGCGGCCGCGAUUAUUCAUGAGCCAAGUGAAACAUUUGCAGCUGUCCUAGCAGAUGAGGCAGAGCACCACAGCAUACAUAUCACAUUCACAACAACAGUGACCGCGCCCAAAUCUGGUUGGCUCACAAUCCAUCCAAUGAUUCCAGAACGCGCUAUGCGUGCAUUGAUCCCCACAAAUACGAUCGCAUUGCUUGAUAUGAGCUCAGAAAGUGAUACAGCAUCAAUUGGAUCUCGCCUACGGGCUCAGCUCCCAAGUCACUGCCGUUAUUACAGCUUUGAUACAGCUUUCAUGGCUUCUUCAACCUGGCAGCCCCAAGGAAGUCAGGUACCAGGCAUUCACUCUCGGCUAAAGGGGUGUGUAUCACGUACUUUAUCACGACUUGCUAGCCUUCCUGUCCCAACUUCCAUAGUGACCUUGGAUAAAUUGACUGUGCUUAACCGUCAACAUCCAGAUGUUGUCAUCGACUGGUCAAAUCCUGCAUCGGAUCUCACCAUCCUAGUGCAUCCUGCAGAUUCGCAGGUUCAGUUCUCUAACUGCAGAACAUAUUGGCUGGCUGGUCUCAGUGGAAGCCUCGGUCUCCUGCUUUGCGAGUGGAUGAUUCGCCAUGGAGCAAAAUAUGUUGUCAUAUCUAGCCGCAACCCAAACAUUGAUGAGGCUUGGCUUGAAAAGAUGCAUGCUUCCGGGGCCACUGUGAAGGUUUUCUGCUGUGAUGUCACCGAUAAAUUUGCGGUAUCGAAACUGUACAGGAACUUACAGUCAACACUUCCCCCCGUUGCUGGAGUCUGCCAAGGUGCAAUGGUCCUCGAGGAUAUCUUGAUUCGUGACAUGUCUCUAGACGCCUUGCUGAAGGUUACGAGACCGAAAGUAGAGGGUAGUCUACACCUGGACCAACUUUUCCAGUCUCAAGAUUCAGACCUUGACUUCUUCAUAUUCUUUUCCUCUGUUGGGUCCGUGGCGGGACGAGCGGGUCAAAGCAAUUAUGCAGCUGCCAAUCUAUUUAUGACGGCAGUUGCAGAACAGCGCCGGCGACGUGGCCAAGCUGCUUCUGUGAUGCAUAUUGGCCCCAUAUUUGGUGCUGGUUAUAUAACCCAACAAGGACUCGACUCAAGUUCCAUGUUUGCGCCGACCUUGAAGACGAUGUUUCCUAUCUCAGAACAAGACUUUUGCCAGCACUUCGCCGAAGCCUUUAUCGCAGGACGUUCCAAAUAUCAAACAGGAGCUUUGGAAGUGACAACUGGCUUGGCCAAGUUCAAAUCGGUACACGAGGCGGGACCGUUCCUGAGCCACUUCACGCAAGAUCGGACUGAGAUAGCCACGGAUUUAUCGACUAGCAAAUCAAAAAUGUCCCUUAUGUCGCAACUCGCCAUUGCAAAGGGGCGAAUAGAAGUGACACGCAUCGUUUGGGAAGCACUCAUUAUCAAGCUAAGCGUUUUAUUCCAGAUUGAACUUUCCAAACUUGAGCAGUCAGACCCGAAACAACUGCGCCUCGACGAAAUGGGCAUCGACUCCCUGAUGGCAGUGGAGAUCCGUGGCUGGUUCUUCAAAACCUUCCAGGCCAAUAUACCAGUGCUGAAGAUAUUGAGCGGAGGUGUAGUAGCCGAUCUCAUCGAUACAGCAGCAGAGACGAUACCUCGUCAGCUCGUUCCGGGGAUUGGUGAUGAAGGUCCAGGUCCUCAGAAUGAGCAAGGUCAGUCCCUACCGACAGAAGUCAAGCAAUCAUUGCAGCAUUUGCAUGAAGCUGACGACUGGCCUUCCCAACCCAACAUAUCAACACAACAUAAGCCGGCGGACAAGCUGGUUCUAGAAAAGGGGUUGCUUUCAUCCAAGGAUGGAAAAGAACUGAUCCCACGCUCAGAUUUCACAGAACAAGCCACGUCUACUGUAGCUGAGCAUCAGCAACAGCUGGAACUUGCGGGUGAAGAUCCUGUCGAACUUUCCAAGUACGAUGAAGAUGACGACAGUAACAACACUCAUUCCCACAUUCAAUCCCCAAACACGACUCCUAGUGAUGAUGUCGUAGAGACCGGCGAACUGCUCAGGAGAACAGGCACCCAUAUUACAACGUCUCAGUGCCCAGAACACGAAAAGGUGCAGGUUGAUGGGCCGUCAAUAUCACUCGAUGAGAGAUACUUCAAGUUAUCUUUCAGCCAAAGUCUGUUCUGGUUUUCUGCUGCUUUUUCGGACGACCCAACAAAUCUCAACCUUACCGGAACGUUUCGUUUGACUGCUGAGAUCAACAUUGAGAAUCUGAAGUGCGCCUUUAUAGCACUAGGGAAACAGCACGAAUCUCUUAGGACCCGCUUCAUCGUUAAGGAUGGCCAACCAAUGCAAGGAAUCAUGAAUUCUACUGCACUUAGCCUCGAGCACUAUUCUAUCCAACGCGAAAGCGAACUUGAUAAGUACACAAGCAUGAUACAUAAUCAUGUCUAUGACCUCGAAAGGGGCAAGACAAUGCGUCUUGCGGUGAUAUCUAUGUCCUCAAAUCAACACUUUUUCAUCAUUGGUAUGCACCAUCUUGCCAUGGAUGGUCAGUCAUUUUUCCCAUUGAUACAGGACAUGCUGCAACACUACACACAUAGCUAUCAAGGCAUGAUAGCAAGGCAAUACACGGAAUUUAGUGAGAAGCAACAUGCAGAACACGCGUCUGGAGGAUUCAAAAAUGAACUCGCUUUCUGGAAGACCGAGUUGGCAGAGAUGCCCCCACCUCUUCCAAUGUUACGGAUGUCAACCUUUACAUCCCGGCCAUUGCUACAGGCUUACGGUAACAAACAUGUGGAUGUGAGAAUUGGUCCAGACACCAAAGGAUUAAUACAGGCUCUUUGUCGCAGGUGCAGAGCAACCCCCUUUCACUUCCAUCUCGCGAUUUUCAGGGUGCUUCUCCAUAGAUAUACUGGAUCUGGGAACUUCUCAAUCGGUAUCGGAGAUGCAAACAGAACUGAAGAAGAUCUCAUGGGAACUAUUGGCGAUUUUGUCAAUUUAUUGCCACUGGUAUUCCGCACUGAGUCGUCUCUUCAAUUCGAUAUAAUGUUACAAGAGACUCGCUCCAAGGCACUUGCAGCACUAGCCAAUUCCCGAGUGCCAUUCCAACUUCUCCUGAACGAACUGGGAGUUGAGCGAUCAGCAGUAACUACGCCUAUUUUCCAGACCUUCAUGGACUAUCGCUUGACCGGCGGUGAAAAAAUGAGCUGGGGAGACUUCCAAUUUGAGUUGCUUUCAUUUCAACGAUCCAAGAUGGCAUAUGAUGUAGCAGUUGAUAUUCUUGACAAUGCCGACGGUGAUUGUCUUCUCACAUUUAUAGUUCGCGACGAUAUAUACACUCAGGAAGACGUGGAACAACUGGCCGGAAGUUACGUCUUCCUCGCCGAAGCAUUUGCCUCAAAGCCAAGUACUACCCUGGGCGAUACAGACAUGUUUGAUGAUGCCAAGAUCAACGAGGCGCUAAACUUAGGCAGAGGUUCUAUAUACCAGUCACGGCAGUGGGGAAGCACCGUAAUCCAUCGAAUCGACGAAAUUGCCAAAAGGCACCCGAAACGAACAACAGUAGUCUCCGGUGACGGAAAUGUUACAUCGUAUGACGAUGUCGUCCAUAGAAACGUCGACGCAAUAGUUGCAGACCUUGAAGCCAUCGGGAUCACGACUGGGUCACGGGUAGCAGUUCUACAAGAAGCAACGCCUAAUUGGGUAUCGUCAAUACUUGCCGUGAUGAGGAUUGGCGCUACAUACUUGCCACUCGACUUGGGAACGCCAUGGGCUCGACUAGCCGCCAUAGUCGCAGACUGCCGGCCUGAGGCAGUCCUUGUGGAUGAGCAUACCAGAGAGAAUGCGCACAAACUGGGAUUCAAUGACAUGAAAGCCAUCGAAGUUGGUAGAACUUCGCAUAGACGUGAGGGGUAUCGAACACCAAUUUAUGCCACGCCGGAGAACGAUUCCAUGAUUCUUUAUACCAGCGGUUCUUCGGGAACGCCCAAGGGCAUUGUUCUCACGCACCAGGGAAUACAGUCAUGGCUCGAACCCUGCAAGUUUCUCUCUCAGGGGUUUGACAUGUCCCUCAUGCAGAUUUGCACCGCUCUAUGCUUCGGCGGAAGCGUUUGUCUCCUCCCGCGGAAGCUUCGUGGUGACGCCCGCGCGAUCAGUGCGAUUAUCACGCGACACAAAUACCUAAGCUGGCUCAAGUAUGGCAACUCAGAAGCACUGAGGAAGUCGUCAUGGAAAACAGCCUUAGUUGGGGGUGAGCCGCUUGCUGCCUCCGAUGACCUUCGUUUCAACCAUAUGUACGGGACUACCGAAUCGACCUUCUGCGCCGCCAAUUCCUUUCAAUUUCAACCCAACUAUCCUGCUGGCAUAGCACUACCCAACUACAACGUGUAUAUCCUCGACGAACAUAGGAGACCUUUGCCUCCAGGUAUGCAAGGAGAAAUAUAUAUCGGAGGUGCUGGUGUUGCCCGGGAGUACUUGAAUAAUCCGUCAUUGACCCGGCAGACAUUCGUUCAUGAUCCUUUUGCCACGGCCUGUGACCGCGACAGGGGCCGAUGGUCUCGAGUCGAUCACGGUGCUAUUCUUAUCGAAGGCCGCAUCUCCGGUGACACUAUGGUCAAGCUACGUGGCCUUCGUGUGGACUUAAGAGAGGUUGAGGUCGCGAUACUGCGUGCUGGUGCUGGCUUGCUGAGUGAAGCUAUCGUCUCGAUCCGCCGAAGCUCAUCUGAAUCCCCCGAGUUUUUGGUCGCUCACGUCGUCUUCGAACAGAAAUUUUCACCGUGGAAAGGAUUAGAGCUUCCACUGUACAUGCGACCUGCGUUUAUCGUCGCAUUGGACGCGUUACCAACGACGGCUUCCGGGAAGCUUGAUCGCCAAGCUGUUAACUUGUUACCCAUCUCCAAAGUUAAUACAGACGUCAGUGAUGUCAUUUGGACUCGGACAGAGGAAAGGUUGAAAGCGAUUUGGGACGAUAUUCUCUCCCAUGAUUCUACAAAUGCGCUGGAAAUCACACCAGAGACAGAUUUCUUUCACAUUGGCGGCACCUCGCUGAGUCUUCUAGGUCUACGUGACAAGAUCAGAACACAGUUCGAGAUUGAGCUUCCGCUGGUGGAUCUCUUUGAGGCAAGUGUGCUGUCCAACAUGGCACAUCGAAUUGAAGGUCACAUCAAUACGCUAGAUGCCAUUGACUGGAAUGAGGAGACAAAUCAAAGAGAUCCAUUGCCUCGGAGUGCGCAACGUUUCCUCCCGAACCGACUUGAAAAGUCUCGACAAGGUCACUCUUUACGAGGGAGACCUAAGCCAUCCUAA